ACAAACAAUCACGUGACGAUUCACUCGUUCGAAUGAAAUAACUUAUCUACCAGUUAGUUUAUCGUUAGUGAGAGGCGCAUUCCGGAAGAGUUGGCGAGCGGCUCAAUAUGGAAAAGAGUUUCAUAUUUCUGAUCUUCCUGGUCCUCACGCAUAGAUCGUCGAUGCAAGAGGACGAUAAUGCGUAUUCCAAGAUCCCGGCUGGAUUGAAAAUCGGCAUCGGUGAAGCAUCCUACCAGACCGAAGGAGCAUGGAACAUCAGCAAUAAGGGUGAGAGCAUCUGGGAUAAUUUUGUACACAACGUGCCAUGGAAGAUCGAUGAUCAGAGUAACGGUGACACAGCAUCCGACUCUUAUUACAAGUACAAGGACGAUGUGAAAUUAAUCAAGAUGCUGGGACUUGACUAUCACCGACUAUCGAUAAGUUGGGCUCGCGUACUUCCCAAUGGAUCGGCAGACUCGAUCAAUCAAGAAGGGAUUCAGUACUAUCACAAUUUUAUCGACGAGCUACUGGCCAACGGCAUAGAACCUAUCGUGACCAUAUACCAUUGGGACCACCCACAAGUUCUGGAGGAUAUGGGAGGCUGGAUGAACGAGUCGAUGGCCACGUGGUUCACGGAGUACGCGGAAGUGCUUUACAGGGAACUGGGACCAAAGGUCAAGGUCUUUGUGACCAUCAACGAGCCGCAGAUCCUCUGUUUCCAAGGAUACGGCGGCACCCUUAUCGCGCCAGGCAGAAACUUGGGCCCAGCCGGAGCUUAUACGUGCGGGCAUAACAUGCUGAAGGCUCACGCAAAAGCUUAUCGUUUGUACGGCGAGAAGUAUCGCUCGGCCCAAAACGGGAAACUUGGUAUCAUCUCCCAUUGCAGUGGAUUCUUGCCUGAGACUGAAGGUGAAACGUUACCUUCGGAAACAGCUUACCAAUUCAGAUGUGGAUGGAUAUCACACGCUAUAUUCGUUGGCGACUAUCCUCAAUUAAUGAAGAGUAAGGUGGCUGAAGUGAGUAGGAAUGAAGGCUUGUCGGAAUCUCGGCUUCCAAAAUUUUCCCCCGAAUGGAUACGGUACAUAAAUGGCACAGCGGAUUUCUUUGGUCUCAAUCACUACUCGUCGUAUCUUGUGAGUUUUCCAACAACCACAAUCCAAAACGAUUCGUUUAUGCUUGACGAUUCGGGCGUGUCAAUAAGAAGUGAUCCGAGAUGGGAGGCGGGAUCGUUGAAACGGUUUCGUAUUAUUCCAGAGGGCUUCGGCUGGCUGCUGCGAAAAAUUAAAAGCGAGUAUAACAAUCCACCUGUAUAUAUUACGGAAAAUGGAUUACCGGAUAAUGGUGGACUGCAGGAUUACCAACGAAUAAAGUAUCACUACUUGUAUUUAAAGGAAGUCCUACGAGCCGUACAGCGUGACGGUUGUAACGUUCAGAGAUACACGUUUUGGAGUUUAUUGGACCAUUUUGAAUGGAACAGUGGUUAUAGGCACACAUUCGGGUUUAUUAAUGUUAACAUGACCAGUCCAGGCCGAGAGAGAACCCCAAAGCUUUCAUUCUCCUGGUUGCAAAACGUGAUGCGUACAAGACAACUGCAGCCGCCAAUUCUGCCACCCUCCGUCAACACGACGACGAAUCAUCAAUGAAUAUGGUUCCGCAGCGC